AUCCAGCUGUAUUUACUCAGUGCAACUUAUAACAUCAAUGUGAAAGAUAUUACACCAGCAUGUGUAAUCGUAGAGCAGGGGCGGACUGACAACUCAUGGGGCCCCCGGACAAUAGGGGAUCAUAGGGCCCCUGUGUCCUGGCUCAAACUCAAAAAAGCCUAUGAAAAAGGUACCAGGGGCAUCUCAUGGGGCCCCUACUGACCCCGGGCCCUUGGGCAGUGCCCGAGUUUCCAAAUGGUCAGUCCG